UGCAAGAUGUUCAUGAAAACGGACGUGAAUGAUUAACCCCACGCGCCUACGGUCCAUCUGUGUUUAUGCACCAACAGAGCUCGCGCGCGUGGGGGGUUAAAGAAACAAAUCCGUCUUCGUGUUAACCACUCUAAACUUCCUGCUCGCGCGCUGUCUGAAUGUCUGUCGGGUUGUUCCGCGGCACGCGACUCCACACAGUCCAAUUCAAGCGCGCGAGGACACGCUCCCAGCUCUCUUUCUCUUGCGCGUGGCUCGCGCGCAGGGCAGUGAGAAGCGCAAUGAUUUAGCAGCUUUUAUUUCAUUUUUCUCACAUUUAGCAUCGCAGCGGUGUGAUGCUACGUGUCGUUUUUGAUCUGUUUUUAUGUUUUACUCACUGACGAGGAUUCAGCGGCUUUUUGCACUUUUGAUGAGCCGUUUUCUUAACCAACUGCAUGUUUGCAGUUUUGAAUGUCUCGUUUUUUGUAUUUUACGCACUGUGUAAGUUUGCACAGGUACCGGUUCCCUGCCGAAGUCCGAGAUAUUUGGAGCGAGCUGCUUAACUAACCCGGGCCGUGCUAGUGUUAGUGUCCCGGGUUAAAACCGCAGGAUGUUGACCAUAGUUCUCCUGUCUUGCUUCUGUUUGUGGACAUGGGGCGAGCGCUUGGACCACGACAGCUGGGCAGACCAGGCCACGCUGUCCCGUGGACUCUGUCGCUAUGGAAACAGCGUGGAGUGCUGCUGGGGCUGGAAACAGUUGGACUGGGGGCGAUGUGAACCUCACUGCCAGCAGGGCUGUAAACAUGGAGAGUGUGUGAGACCAGACCAGUGCAAAUGUCACCCAGGAUACACGGGAAAGGCAUGCAACCAAGAUCUGAACGAGUGUGGCGUGAAGCCUCGGCCCUGCAAACACCGCUGCAUGAACACGCCAGGCAGCUACAAGUGUUACUGUGUGGACGGGUACGCGCUGCAGCCAGACGGCAGCUGCAGGAAUGCCCAAACCUGUUACCAUGCCAACUGUCAGUAUGGCUGUGAGAUGAUCAAAGGGGCAGUGCGAUGCACCUGUCCAUCGCCAGGGUUACGCCUGGGUCCAGACAGACGCACCUGCAUCGACAUCGACGAGUGUCUCUUGGGCGGAGGCGUGUGUCCUCGUCACAGAAAGUGUGUGAACACUUUUGGGAGCUUCAUCUGUAAAUGUCACCUGGGCUUCAGACUCGUGUACAUCAACGGGCGGUACACCUGUAUUGAUAAGGACACUCGUCCGUUCUGCUCUCUGAAUCCAUCGUCUCCAAAGUGCAGGUGUAAAGACGGCAGCUGCAAAGCCAUCCCCAAAGUGACGGUAGAACCGCAGAGACCAAGAACUACAACUCCCAUGACCUCCACCAUCAUCACUACCGCUACAUCUCCUCCGACCACCACAACAAGCCGGCCCACCACUACUCCCAUCCCAACAACCCCCCUGUCUACAUCCACUGAUGUUAUGACCACCACUCCAACACCUACAACUGAUACCACUGCUACACCAGUUACUGCCACUACUGUGACAACAACACUGGCUGCUACUACUACUACUACUACUACAACUGAAAUGGAUACAACAACUCCCACAACGCCUCCUCCGUCCACCACUUCUGCUAUUACUACUCCUAGUACAACAAAAUAUGUUACUACCAUCACUGCAAGUUCAACUUCACCCACCACUCUGCUAACUACAACCCAGACGACACCUUCUUCUCCUCCUCCUCCAACAACAACAAUCACUACAGUGUUGCCGACCACCUCGCUGCAAACCACCACGGUGAACAACAAGAUCAACAAAGACGUGACACAAAAGCAGCGAGGAGACGUGCACAUCCCUCGACAUCCCGGUCACAACCAUGUGUGGGAGUUUGACAUCGAGCUGGGAAACAUCGCGGAAGAUGCCAGAGACGAUCCUGAGGUCGGGGAGCUCUGUUGCAGCUUCAGUCACAGACUCUGUGACUGGAUGUCUGACAGUGAGGGAGAUCUACACUGGGAGACAGUUCACAGUCCUGCAGGUGGGUGGUACCUAUCUGUCCCCGAGCUGAAGGCGGGACAGACAAGCAUCCGUGGUGCUCGACUGGCCAUCCAGGUAGUCCCUUCCUGGAGCCAUGGUGACCUGUGUCUCUCCUUCUCCCAUUGGUUGACGGGGCAUCACGUGGGCGUGCUGCAGCUGUUCGUCAGGAAAAAGGGACGAGACCAAAGGUAUGGCCCCGCCCUCUGGAGUAGGACAGGUGGGCACGGUUGGAGACACACGCAUGUUAACUUGACAACACAAUCUCUGGACAGGUUGCUGCUGAAGGCCGAGCGGAGGAUUGGACGAAGAGGACAGAUCGCUGUUGACGAUGUCACUUUGAGACGGGGGCCGUGUCGAUGACAUCAAAUAUAGACCUUCAGGUCACAUGAUUUAAAGGACAAAUGUUGCUGCAAUCCCAGCAUCAGGAUUUCUGUCCCAUCAGAGGAAGAGGAAGUUAUGUGGGUUUGUGGUGAAGCCACAGCAGCAGUGCUUCAGUUUAAAUUUUGGCGGAUUGAUGUGUUUGUGCUGCGUGACAGUAGAAGUUCCUGUUUAUGAGCCGGACUGAAGAUUGUCGGCAGGUUUGGAAACACUCAGAAUUCAUUUUGGAAAGGUUUCAGAUUUACUGUAACUGUUUACUUUAUAUGUUAAUGAGUGCAAAGAUUUCUUAUCAUUUCUUAUCAUUUAUAAUCAAUGUAAUAAAAGUAACAUAUGUUUACAAAGUUUUACAAUUUCACAACCCCUCUUAGUUUUUUCUGGUCAGUGGCUGUGUUUAUUAGUGGCUUUUAAAAAAAAUUAUAGCUGAUAGCGUAAACCAAACAGUAAGUUUGUGGUUGACCAGUGAAUGUGUCAUAAGGAGAAAGCUUCUUCAGAAGUCGGGAACAGUCCACAUACAGAUGACAGACAUUUUUUUUCAUUCAGAGGUUAAAGCCCCACCCAGGUAAUCCUACAGAUUGGUUGCCAGGCAUUAGCAACCAGUGGUUGUGUGUUCCCAACUGUGUAUAUACCCCAGCUGUUUGGUAGCAGAUCCCCGCGGUUGCUUGCAGUUUGUCUGUUCACAACUUCCAGCAACCACUCAUCAACCGUGCACAUUUUCCCAUAGCAACCGGCUGUUGCUGAGGGGGUGUCGCCCAGUCUCUGGACCUGUGUCAGUGAGUUUAAUCUGAACUGAUCACCUAUGGAAAUGUUUCUUAAAGUCUCUGGUUAUGUAUUUUUUUUCAUUGCUGCAGGGAAAUUUAAACUAAAUGUAGACAAACUGGUUGCUUCAACAUGUUGAUGAGCAUUUAAAAAAAUAAAAUAAAAAGAGAUAACUUGUUCAGGCAUUCAGGUUUUUAAUAAAACACUGAUUUGUACAAGAAUUUCGAUUCAUAGAAAUACUGCAGUGAGAGUGUAAUAAAUAUUUAGGUCCAUAUUUUUUUUAUUUCACUGUAAUGCUGUAAUAAACUUUAUCGAUCAUA